AGGGGGUUCAGGGGACAAAACAAAGUGAGUCUCUUACACAUAGUUAUUCACAAAAAGUUCUAAGAAAAAAGCGAGUGAGAGCGUCUGCUGUACUCUGAUUGUUCAUCUUCUUCUCUGAAUCUCUUUUCCCCCCUCCCCCACUGUAACUCCCCGCUUCUCUGAAUCCCUUUCUGUUAAUCAUCUGUCUUUCAAGUUCUGAUUUUUGGGUUUGUUUUAAAAUUUACAAGAAGCAAACUUAGACGGAUUUUCCGGAAGCCAGGUGUUUUCAGAAUCGAGAUCCAGGUUUUUUUGUUUUUUGAAAAGAAAAACCUUUUUUUCCUUGUAAGUCUAGUAGAUUUUAGUCGUUUUCUUUUCAUUUUUUUUUUUUUUUGGAUAGGCUUGGAGGGUUAUUUUUUAUCCCUCAAGGUCGGUUUUUUAGGCUUAUGGAUUAGAAGAGGUUGUCUAUUUUAAACCUCUUUGAUCUUUCUUUGAAGAUAAUUUCUUUUUUUUCCCAAUUAUCUUGUUUUUUGCUUGUCUUAAGAACCGAAACCUGUUCUUUAGUUUUGUUAAGAACCAGGUUCUCGCUUCUUCUCCUUUGGUUUGAAAAAUCUGUAAUUUUUAAGUAGAGUGUUUUUAAGGCAUAUAUGGCAGCUACGAUGGGUUUUUAUAGUAGCAGACAACUUGAGUCAGCCACCUAUGGCUAUGGGGGUGAGCUGAUGGAAGCACUUGAACCUUUUAUGAAAAGUGCUUCCUCGGUCAGCUCCCCCUCAACAACCCAGUAUCCAUCUUCAACCUCUUCUCCUUAUAAUUUCGAUAAUUACCACCUUUCUUUCUCCCCCUCCAUCCAAACCCAGCCGGGUUUCUACCCUGAUGGUUGCUCAACCUCGAACUCGACGACCACGCUGGUGUUUUCCGACGCAUUCUCGAGCCAAAACCCAGUUGCUUUUGAGCAACCGGGGUCACUUGGCCUGAACCAGCUGACACCAUCUCAGAUCCACCAGAUCCAAGCACAGAUCCAGUCCCAAAACCAGCACUUUUGCCAUCAAUCACCAUCAGCACAUCAGCAACAUGGUGGCAGUACCCUUAGCUUUUUGGGUCCUAAACCCAUCCCAAUGAAACAUGUUGGGUCUCCUUCAAAGCCCACCAAGCUUUACAGGGGAGUCAGGCAGCGACAUUGGGGAAAAUGGGUCGCCGAGAUCCGGCUUCCGAAGAACCGCACACGGCUCUGGCUCGGCACUUUCGACACCGCCGAAGAAGCUGCCUUGGCUUACGACAGGGCUGCCUACAAGCUCCGCGGAGACUUCGCCAGGCUCAAUUUCCCCAAUCUCCGCCACCACAGCGAUUACCAGCCUCUGCAUUCCUCGGUGGACGCGAAGCUCCAUGCCAUUUGUGAAAGCUUGGCCAACUCGCAGAAACAAGGCAAAGCAGAGAAGCCGGUCCGAUCGAGCAGGAAAUCGAAGCAACUCAUGUCGACUAUUGUUGGCGAGGCGGAAUCGAAGAGUUCGGAGAACUGUCAUAAGGUGGAGACAUCCUCGUCGCCGGUGAUGACCGAGAGCGACGUGUCAGCAGGGUCUUCCCCUUUGUCGGAUCUUACGUUCCACGACUCCGAUGAGCCACAGUGGGAUGUUGCUUCGGAGAAUUUCAAGUUGCAAACGUACCCUUCGUACGAGAUUGACUGGGAGUCUAUUCUUUCUUAAUUUCCAUCUCCAUUUGUAUAUGGGUGCUCUAAUUGUACCUUUUUUUCUUGGUUAAUUAGUCUCCUUUGUCCAUGGUAGUGGGUUAGAUAGUUGUGUCUCGGGUGGCUGCUGCAAUAGAGUUUUAGGCAGUUGCAGGGCUACUCUUUAAGAUUUGUAAUCUUUUUAGGUGUUCUAAAUAUUUCAUUAUGUAAAUCUCCGCCAUGUUCAGCUGGUCGUUUUCUUUUCCUUGCUGGACCGGGGAGAGUACUAAGAUUUGUGUCUCUACAUGAGUAGUUGUGUUAGUUGCAAUUCAGUACUGUAAUUGAAUAUUUUAUUAAUAUGAACAAGUAUGUUAUGUUUGUCUGUAAA